CCGCCCCCUGCCUCAUUCCCUCCGGAGUCCGUACGCGGAGCGGCGGUUGGUGGCACCAUAACGGCCCCCGCAGCCCACACUAACGGACCGGGUCGGGGUAAGUGGCAGGGAAGGCACGGGGCUGUCGUAAAAGUGUCGUGAAAGUGCCCGCCCCUGGCCACCCUCGAGGCCACCUGGACGGAGGCGGAGGCAACUGGUCGUUCGAAGACGACCAUGCCCAUGUGUCCGCACCCGGGGACGCGGCCUUGCUGUGAGGCUAGCGGGUCGUGAGGGCGACCGAGGACUUGCCUUCAUGGAGAGGCGGCUCUCCUGCGCUUAUUCUUGCUGCUACUUCUCCUCAGGCCGCUGAGGCGACUUCCGCGCUCUCCCCGCCGGGCCGCUGCGGCCGCCGCCUCCGGGGCCAUGCUGCCAGCCUGGCUAAGCCGGGGGUCCCGGGGGGUGCUCCAGGGCGCCGGCCGCAGCCUCUCGCUCACCCCCCGGGCCCGCAGCCCCGUGUCUCUGGAGCGGGUGGCCUCUGUGGGGGCCAAGUUCGAGCAGGAGCCCGCCGAGGAGCCGGUGGGGGCAGCCCGGCGGUGGUCUAGGGCGAGCGGACUCGAGGAGCUUCUGGCAGGCGCCGGGAGGCGGCCCCGGCCCACCUUGAGCCCGGGCCCCGCCGCCUCCUGCGGCUGCUGGGGCCUCCUACCCACCCACUGGGGACUGCUCCGGUCCGCGCCGGGCAGCCCCCGGCCCGGAACCGGGGUCGCGGCCGGCCUGCGGUUUGCGGGGUCCGGCCGAAGAGGACACAGCUCUGGAUGGGGAAAGGGAACCCCGGAACAAACGCCAGAAGCCGCAGGUGCGAAAGGAGUCUUGAACUCGGCGUGGAACCAGCAUCCCCCUAGCCUGUAUGAAAAUCCAUGGACAAUCCCAAAUUUAUUGUCAAUGACAAGAAUUGCCCUGGCCCCAGUUUUGGGUUAUUUGAUUAUUGAAGAAGAUUUUAAUGUUGCACUAGGAGUUUUUGCUUUAGCUGGGCUAACUGAUUUGUUGGAUGGAUUUAUUGCUAGAAACUGGGCCAACCAGAAAUCAGCACUGGGAAGUGCUCUCGAUCCACUUGCUGAUAAAAUACUCAUCAGUGUCCUAUACAUUAGCUUGACAUGUGCAGAUCUUAUUCCAGCUUCACUUACUUACAUGAUUAUUUCAAGAGAUGUAGUGUUGAUUGCUGCCGUUUUUUAUGUCAGAUACAGAACUCUUCCAUCACCACGAACACUUGCUAGAUAUUUCAAUCCUUGCUAUGCCACUGCUAGGUUAAAGCCAACAUUCAUCAGUAAGGUGAAUACAGCAGUUCAGUUAAUUUUAGUGGCAGCUUCUUUGGCAGCUCCAGUUUUCAAUUAUGUCGACAGCAUUUAUCUUCAGAUACUUUGGUGUUUUACAGCCUUCACCACAACUGCAUCAGCCUACAGUUAUUAUCAUUAUGGCCGGAAAACAAUCCAGGUGAUAAAAGGCAAAUAAAUGUCAUCCAUCGUUAUUAGCUGGAAAGCAGUAAGACAUCUACAUCAGAACCAGCUGGUAAUCUACAGGAGUCUCCCUUUUUUGUUAGUUUGGAAAAGACUUUGUCAAAACAUAAACCAUGUCAGUGUCAUCCCAAUUGAAGUCAAGUGCAUUGAAAUUAAGCUUAAAUCAUGUACUGUAUAUAUGUGGAAUUUUCCAAUGUAUUUUUAAAUAAAAAUAUAAUUUGGAAUUUUUUAUUAGAUUUCUUAAAGUAAUUUACAAUUCACCAAUUAUUGUUAGUCAAUUUUGAAUUUUUUUAAAGAAAUAUUUCCUGAAAAUAUAGUCUAAUCCCUGGUUCCCUUGUUCAUUAAAUAGAAUUUUCAUUCUUAAGAAAGCAUUAUAUGUUACCAGGUCAGUGAAAGGGAAGGGAAUUAGAUUUAAUGUGAACUUACCUACAACUUAAGUAUUUUUAUUUUUCAAAUCUCUGGCCUAUAGCAGUUGAUAUGAAUAUGUCAUUUGUUAGUUUAGUCUGGUGAUAUGUUAUGACAAGCUAAGUUAUAAAGAGAAUUUAAGAUGCAGUGUGUUUUGAAAAUAAAGUCAAACACAUACUACAGUAUUGAGGUUCAUGUUAAGUCUUCCAAAAUCUUUGAUGCCUAAUAGUUUAUUUGUUAUUUAUGUCAGGAUAAUGAGUAACAGAAUAGUUAUAGCUUAACAUAGGGGAGUUCAUACCUAUUACUGUUUGCUACCUAAGGAUCAAUGAUUGCUUUAUGACUUUGCACUAUGUUCCUAAAAUAGACAAGUUUUCAUAAUAUUAGAACUUGUAUUCAUGUGAUAUAUAAAUAAUAAUUUAAAGAUGUGUAUUUUUCCAAGGUUUUUUUUAAACUUAAGGAAAUCUUGUUUUCAUGAAGAUAAUAAAGAAAUAAAAUAGCAGAGAAUACUA